AUGUCCAGUGACACUUUGACACGCACUCAGAACAGCCGCGUGCUGCAAGCCUUUCGUGCAAUUGGCAUUGUGGUUGAUGAUGUGUCAAUUGUGUGGUACGGUAUGGGCAAAGCUAGCUUUGCCACUGCAUCAUUAGGGAAGUCAUUCGUCGUGUACAAAUGUGACAAAUUGACGCCCGUGUUAGUGUCUCCCCAAUUGCCCAAGCGCAUAUCAGCGCUGGCUGUGCAACCCAAGAAACAAUUGACUUUUACGGCCUGUGGGUGCCAAAUUAUUAUCUGGAAUCGACUGGAUAGGGUCAAGACAUUGCUGGGUCAUAAAGGUACUAUUAAGCAGCUGCUGACAGUGGGCAGCAACAUUCUCUUCUCGCUCGAUGAUGAAGGUUGUAUCAAGAUAUGGGACUUGCAUACAAUGGACAUUGUCAAUACAUUGACAUUUCAGAUAAGUUUUACACCUACAAUUAUGCUUCAUCCGGAUACAUAUUUGAACAAGAUCUUGGUCGGAUCGGCACAAGGUGUUUUGCAACUCUGGAACAUUCGCAAGAUGAAAUGCAUUUACGACUUUAAGGGAUGGGGUAGUGCUGUCACAGCACUGGAACAGAGUCCGGCAGUAGACGUCGUGAGUGUCGGGUUAGCAGAUGGACGACUGAUGGUACACCACUUGCAACUGGACCAACCUGUGCUGGACUUUCGACAGGAACAGCAAAGUGGAAUCACAGCCAUGUCUUUUCGAACGGAUGCAGGUGCUUCGACUACGCCGCUGGUAGUCUCAGGAUCGCGGUCGGGUGAUAUUGCAGUGUGGAAUCUGCAGAGCAAACGCCUUGAGUCAGUCAUUACUGGUGCACAUGAUGGUGCAGUGGUAUCGCUGCAGUUUCUGGCCAAUGAGCCACUCUUGCUGUCGUCGGGUACGGAUAACUCGAUCAAGUUGUGGAUCUUUGACCACCACCACGGCGGUACCGCUCGCUUGCUCAAGUCUCGUGAAGGCCACCGUGCGCCACCGACGCGCAUUCGGUAUUACGGUAACAACACCCUUUCUACAAUGGCAGACGGUGCUGACGGCACAUGCUGUCAGAUUUUGUCGGCUGGUCAGGACCGGGCUUUCCGUGUCUUCCACACGGCUCGUGAGCAGCAGAGCAGGGAGCUGUCCCAAGGCCCAGUUCUUAAAAAAGCGCGUAGCUUAAAUGUGCGCGUGGAGGACUUGAAGCUUCCGCCUAUCGUGCAGUUUGCUGCUAUGGAGACACGCGCCCGCGAUUGGGCGAACGUAAUUACGUGUCAUGAGAACGAAGUUGCAGCCUACGUGUGGCGCUUCGAUCACCGCGUUAUCGGCAAGAAAGUGCUUCGUCAGUUUGACCCGAGCAACCGCACUCCAUCUGGCAGCGUCGAAGAUUUGCGCCGCAAAAAGACACAGGCUACUAGCGUGGCUAUCAGUUCGUGUGGUAAUUAUGCACUUGUUGGUAGUUUGGGCGGAGCUAUUUAUCAGUACAACAUGCAGUCCGGAGAAGCUCGUGGUUCGUUUCCGGUGGCAGCAACCCCGAAGCCGGAGAUUAUUCGCUCGCUCGUGCUACCUGGGACAGAUUUGUCAGCACUACAGGACGAUGAAACUGAUACAACCGCUGCUGAUGCUCAUGACGGACCUGUCAGCGCGGUGGCUGUUGAUGCUCUUAAUAACACCCUGGUCUCUGCAGGAAUCGAUGGCAAACUGAAAUUCUGGGGCUUCAAGAAGCAUGAGCUGCGUUAUGAGAUCGACAUUGGCUCUCCUAUUAGCCAGAUGGAAUUGCACCGCGAUAGUAACUUGAUAUGUGUGGCGUGUGAUGACCAAGUGCUUCGUCUCUUUGACGUGACAACCUACAAGCUUGUGCGUCGUUUUGCUGGACAUUCGCACCGUGUGACGGACAUGACUUUCAGCUCGGAUGCUCGGUGGCUGUUCUCAUCAUCGGCUGACGCAUCAUUGCGCGUGUGGGAUAUCCCGACGGGCAAGUGUGUCGACUGGAUGCGGUUUCAAAAACCUGUGACUGGUUUGGCUGUGUCGCCUACAGGCGAGUUUCUUGCUACUACGCACGUGAGCAAUGUUGGCAUUUUCUUGUGGGCAAACCGCAGCCUCUUUACAGAAGUAUUCUUAGAUUCGGAGCCUAGUAAGCCCGUGCUUAUGGACAUGCCUGUGCCUCUCAAUGAGGUGGACAAUAGCGACCAGCUUGGAUUUGGCACUGAACGUAACCCUCAACUUUCAGUGACAAGUGUUAACGAGCAGCGGCCUGAAAGCACAAAGAAGGUAGACAGCGAAGAGAGCUCGGACCCGCUGGAUGCUUCACUCAUUACACUGUCAAUGGCCCCACGUGCAUUCUGGCAGUCUCUGUUUAAUCUUGAGCUUAUCAAGAAGCGUAACAAGCCUAUCGAGCCUCCCAAGGCCCCGGAGCAGGCUCCUUUCUUCCUUCAAACAGCGCGCAAGGACGAUGUACACCCUACAUUUGUCCCCGCUUCUCCUGAAGCGAACAAAGUAGGUGAGAAGGAGGGCGACGAAGAUAUGGUCAUCAAAGGUUGGGGCAUUGGUGAUGACGAUGAGGCUUGGGGUGAUGACGACGAAGAAGAUGAAGCCGACAUGACUGCUCUAAGCUCACGGAUUGUCAAGACGGAGGGUAUGGUUACUUCUCGUUGCAAAUUGGCGACGUUGCUGGCAAAGGCGGUGCAGGAAGAGAAAUUUGAGGAUCACACAGGCUCGCGCUUCAAUGAGGUAGCCGCGUACAUUCAGUCGCUUUCUGCCUCAGGAGUAGACGUUGAAGUGAGCACGCUGUGCAUGGGUGACUUCGAUGAAGAGGGCAAGAAACUAUUGGGUUUCUUUCUGGAAUUUUUGCAUGAGGAGAUGCGCACUCGCCGUGAUUUCCAGGUGCUUCAAGCAUACUUGAAUCGUUUUUUGAAGCUGCACGAGGAGCUGUUGGUCGCGGAACCGACGCUCUUAGCACAAGUGGACAAGUUGAGAGCUGUACAGCAGCAACAGUGGCAGCACCUGCAGAAGCUGUUACACAACAAUUUGUGUCUGGUCCAGUAUCUCAGCAAGAUUCAGAUGUAA